AUGGACGCCAUGGACCUGGGCCGGGCUGCCACGCACGGGGCCAUCACCGCGGCGCCCACCAUCUCCACCCUGACCUUGCUGUCGGGCCGCUGCCAGACCUUGGCGAAGGAUCUCCAGACGGCAGUUGGGAAGCUGGCUGAGCUGAAUCCCAUUUUGACGGGACGCGCCAAGAAGUCGGAGGGCAAAGUCUGGGUGGAGCCGGGCGUGCACCACGCCUUGUUUCGCAUCGCCGAGUGUCCCAAGGAGUGCCCGCUGAUUGCGCCGCUGGACUUCAAGAGUAAGCUCCAGUUCUUGGAAGGCCUGGAGAAACACCUGGUGGAUCCCUUGACAGCCAUCCAGACGCUGCACAUCGGCUCCCAGGUCUUUUUGGUCGAACUCAUGACCUUUGAAGAGCCCUUCGUGUGCUUCGUGGUGCACUUGUCGCACCUGGUGGGGGACGCCAAGACCUUAUACGACUUGGUGGGCCAGUUGAACGCGCUGCUGGCGCAUCAAGAAGUGAAGCCGCUGCAGUGGGACAGCCCUGCACGGCUCAGCCUGGAGCUGGUGCCCCUCUGCAAAGCUGACCGCGAGCGCAUCAGCCGCUGGGGCACGCUGGGCUGGCUCGCGCAGAAGAUCUGCGGGCCGGCGCGCAAGAGCCGCGUGUCUCUGCUCUCCAAGAGUGGGAUCGAGAAGCAGAAGCUGGAGUUGCUCUCUUCCGAGUCCAAGUUCCUGUCUUCCAACGAUGUGAUCACGGCGGCUCUGAGCCGCGCAAUCAAGAACUCGAAGGUCAUGAACAUCGCGGUGAACCUGCGGGGCCGCAAAUGCGAGGAGAACUGCGCGGGCAACUUCUGGCACAACGUGCCCAUGGCCCACCAGGCCGCCCAGGAUCCCAACGCCGUCCGGGCGCUCCUCCCGAAGCUUCAGUACUACAAAGACGGCGAAGUGCCCUGGACGCCCUUUGCCGCUGGCCGCUACAGCUUCAUCACCAACUGGACUGCCUUCACCCAGCACCUGGAGGUCGAAGGGCUGAAGGUAGAGUGCCACUUGGUGCACGGCAAUUUUCUGAGACAAAACCCCACCAAUGUGGCGGUGGUUUUCCAUGCCAGCCGUGACGCUCUGGCCUUGAGUCACAAUGUGCCGGAUAAGAACUUGGACGCCACUGGCCUCCUAGGCGCGCUGCUGAGCUGA